AGCACAGAAGCUCUUUAUAAUUACAUUUGCCAUCACACUGCGCCAUAAGGACUCGCGACUGACAAUCGUAAGAAGCGAAAACGAGGCUAAAAGAGGCAGAAAAGACGAGGAAGGUGUCAUGCUGGCUGAAGGUUUUCUCAGAGUUCUGCGUUACAGGGAGGAGAGAAGGUUUGCCUCCUCUAACAAGCAAAAGAAACGUCAGAUAAACCCUUAUUCUACUGACUCUGUUCUCACCGACUCCACAGAUUUGCAGAGGGUUUCAGCUCAAACAGGGCAAAGCCAGGAAGAGCUUGACUCCACCCAAACCCAGAUGCUUCGGGGUUGUGUCGGCCUCUCAAUCCCCGGCAGUUCACCUAUCAGCACCCUGCACCCUGUUUGUAUAGAAGACUGCAGCCUGCUGGAACAGUAUCCAGACCUACAGGUGGCCGAUUCAGGCCGCAUCUCACACAAUCCGCCGAGAACCUCCGUCAUCCAGCACGAUCUGUACAUCCAUUCCUCUGUCUCUGAAGUUGGCCUCCUCUCACAACCUCCAGCCCUGCAGGAGAAACCAGGUGAUGCAUUGUCAUCCAUGUCAGACCAGGGUUACCUGGUGAUGGGGGCCAGUGUGAACAUCAGCCUGGACCUGCCCGGGUCAGGGUUGGAGCCCAUGUCUAACUCGGUGCUGAACGGGCUGCUGGAGAAGCAGCUGGAGGAGGUUUACAUGCAACAUCUGACUGACAACUUAGCUCGAUGCAACUCCCAUCUGGGAAACAGCCUCCUGCACGGCCUGGUGCCACCGCCACCACCCAACCGGCCUCCCCGAGGGCCCGACUCACUGGAGGCAAGUCUAGAAGAAAACUCAGAAGUCAGCCGCAAUAAAAUCAGUUACCUGAGCACCCAGAACUUAGUGCCCUGCUCAUCCAACUUCAGCUCCCCAGUGUUGAGGAUUUCAGAGUCAGACAACCCUCAUCUGCAAUGAAACCUUGUAAAUGUAGCGCUCAGCUGGCUGUCUUCACUUCUUUUCUUCAGACCAAAGUUUACACACAUAUAGAGGUGACAAAACAAGUGCCAUUUUUACACAAUGCUUUGUUGACUUGCUUAAUGAAAUGAUGCCUCACAGUUUGCUGCUUCCAUAUGCCAUCUGCUGUUAGACUUCAGUACUACACUGUCAUUCAUUCAGAUGUAUUUUUAUUGAUAUUAAAGCUUGGAGUUUGUAUAAGAAGUCUUCAAUAUAUUAAAGCAAGCUGUAAUGAAGUGUCA